AAAGGCAUUGAACUAUCCAAUGAGGCCACCUCCCUCGACCAGGAGGGUCGCUAUGCUGAGGCCCUCCCCCGCUACACGCAGGCCGUGGAGUAUCUCAUGACUGGCCACAAGUAUGAGAAGAACCCCGCUCUCAAGGACUCGGUUUACCGCCGGGCACUCGAGUACCUCGAUCGCGCCGAGACCCUGAAAAACAUCCUCAAGGAGCAGGGGAACGGCCGCACCGACGGCACCGGCGGCUCAGGCGGCGCCUCAAAGGCCCGUCGCAAGAAGAACUCCAAGGACAAGGACGAUGACAACGAGACCGAUGACGAGGAUGAGGACAAGGCCAAGCUUCGCGGCGCUCUGAGUGGCGCCAUCCUCACUGAAACCCCAAAUGUCAAGUGGGACGAUGUGGCUGGUCUGGAGCAGGCCAAGGAGGCUCUGAAGGAGGCGGUCAUCUUGCCGACUCGUUUCCCGCACCUGUUCACUGGCAAGCGCACCCCCUGGCGUGGUAUCCUGCUCUACGGUCCCCCGGGUACUGGUAAGUCUUUCCUGGCCAAGGCCGUCGCAACCGAGGCGAAGGCCACUUUCUUCUCGGUGUCCUCAUCGGAUCUGGUCAGCAAGUGGCUCGGUGAGUCUGAGCGCCUCGUGCGUCAGCUCUUCGAGAUGGCCCGUGAGAAGAAGCCGGCCAUUAUCUUCAUUGAUGAGGUGGACUCUCUGGCCGGCGAGCGCGGUGACAACGAGUCCGAGGCCGCCCGGCGCAUCAAGACCGAGUUCCUGGUGCAGAUGAACGGUGUGGGCAACGACCAGAAUGGCAUCCUGGUGCUGGGCGCCACCAACACCCCGUGGACGCUGGAUGCGGCCAUUCGCCGGCGCUUUGAGCGGCGCAUUUACAUCCCUCUGCCUGGCGUGGAGGCCCGGUCUCGCAUGCUCAAGCUCAACCUCGGCAACGACGUCCAGUGCACCUUGCAGCCGAAGCACUUCAAGCGCCUUGCGCAGCUGACCGACGGCUAUUCCGGCUCCGAUCUUUCGAUUCUUGUGCGCGAUGCUCUGAUGGCGCCAGUCCGCAAGGUCCAGACUGCCACCCACUUUAAGACGGUCACCGGGCCGGAUCGCACGGAUCCGAGCAAGACCCGGAACUAUCUGACCCCCUGCUCUCCGGGCGACGUCGGGGCCCGGGAGAUGACCUGGAUGGAGAUCGAGGGCGAUGAGCUGCUCGAGCCGCCGGUCUCGUACCGGGACUUCUUGACCGCGCUGCAGGCCAUCAAGCCUUCGGUCAACCAGUCGGACCUGGAUCGGCAGAUCGAGUUCACCCAGAUGUUCGGCCAGGAGGGCUGAGGGCCGAGGGCAGGGCGUUGCUGCGCCUCGCGAGCGAGCGAGCGGUGGAAAGUCCCCCCCCCCCUUGCCGCCUCUCCUCCAGCUCACCUCCGCUGGUGCCAAGUGCGCACGCCUGCGCCUGCGUCCGUGCUGCCGUGUGGCAUCACCUUCUGCGUUGUGUGUGCGUGUGUGUGCGUGUACUUGUCGCCGUGCGAGGCGGGACUGUUCCGGUGCUCGCGUGCGUGCACGUACACACGCACACACACACACCUCCAUUGUCUCCUUGCCUUCUCUAAAUACAAGAUACUCGUUAAA